AUGGGCUUCUUGAAGGCGUACACGGCAAUCAGCACGUUGUCCAUCCUGGCAGUAGACGAUAGAACCCAGUUAUGCGUAGACUUCUACACAUUCAGGUUCGAGGGCGAAACUGCCAUCGCUUCGAAGUACGUCAACUGUCCGGGCAAUUCCACCGUCGAGGCUGAUUUCGCGUAAGUUGUUGUGGUCUGGUUUUGUAGUAGGAGGACGUUUAUAUUUGCCAUAGUUUUUUUGUGGGUCAAUUUUAAUUUCGCAUAUUUUUUGUUAGUCACUUUGAUUUUUCAGCAAGUACAAACUGGAAGCAAAAAUUAAUUUUAUGAAGCAUAUGACUGUGCCUCAAAGUACGAAUGUUGACACAGUCAUUCACGUUGGGGAGUGCGUGAAUGAAAGUUAAGUAUAGUUGCGUGAAUACUUUUCAAAACAAGUUUUCAAAAUUUUUAUUUUUGCUUUAUUUUGAUGAUGUUUACGGUUAAAAUCGGCCAUUCUUUUUGAAACAAUCUAAUAUUUUAGGGGUACACCAAUAGAAACAUUCACUUUGGUAUCCAGCGGACGUGACCCGCAGUUUUUGAAUGUUGAAUUCCAAUUUAAUCAGCAUGAGUCUGACGUAUUUCAAGCCGGUUUUUCUCCUGGUUAUAUGUUCUACCAGAAUUGCCGCACUCUGGAAUCCCAGUACUGUGAAAUUUCGGACUGUAUGAGGAGGAAGCUGAAUUUUGGCUCACUGAAGAUUUGUGGUUUGACAUUCGGACAGACUUCAGAAGGUCUGAUUUGGGAAGAUAAGGACCAAUGUCUGAAGUUGGUUGUUGACGAACAAUAUGUUGGUAGUAUGAAGGCAGAGCCCUGCCCGAACGUGGACAAAGUCAUGUUUACCAUGGUAAGCAAUUUUUUUUUAUUUUUAGGUAAGGAACCAAUUUUAAUUUGUACUUGAUAGAGCUUAUAAUUUGUAAUUGAUAGAGGUUAUGAUUUGACCUUGAUAGAAUAAGGGGAGGAUUAAUUUUUGUGUGGAAUUUAAAAAUUUGAAUUUCAGACGGCUUUGAAAAACUGAAACCCUUGACCCAAGGCGAUCUAUCUGACGCUCAAGUCGACACAACCUUGGCACUCUUGUAUCUACAGUAAGUUUAUGGUUAUUUUAACUUUAUCUAUUUGUCUUGGCUUUGGCUUUUGAAUAUUUUACAGCAGGCUUAUGAACAUUACGAUUUUGUACUUUUAAAAAUUUUUUUUGCAUUUUUUAAAACUUUUUAUAUUUUAAAAAUUCUUCUUUAAAUCUGAUGAAAUUGAAAUGGUUAUUGUGCCGACGUUAUGUUUUUCUAAUUUUAGAGAAAAGCCACCGACUGCAACUACUGAGGAAACAACCAUCACCACUACUGUUAAAGAAGUUUCUAAGGUGACCGACAAAGAGCCCGAACCUGAGUUAGUUUUUUAGUAUAAUAUUUUGACUAAAAUUUUCGUUUUGUCGUAAAUUUUUUGUCAUCUCUCGAUGAUUAAUAUUAUUUUUUAAACUUUAAAAAUUUGAAAAUAAAGCUAGUAAUUAAAUUUUUUGACUUACAGUUUUACAUUUCAGCAGUUCGCUUCCCCCUUGGCAAAUGGGCUUGAUUGGUGGUAUUAUUGCCGCAAUGGUAGUUCUAGUCCUAGCUGGAGUUUACUGGUACCUCAAGAAGAAAGGCAAGAACAACCCUCCGCCAAGAUUGGAAUCGCCAAGUGACACAUUGGUUACUGAUACGCUGAACGCAAAGAGCGAGAAGGUUUCAAAGAAGCCGGAAAAAACCGAUUCAAAUCGUUCCAUUUCCAAAAAAAAGGAAUUUGAAAUCUCUAGAAAACAUCCUAUAGCGAUAUAA